AGGAGAGAGGGAGGGAAGGGGAUUUGUCGUGUUUUAGCCGUUGCCAGCAUCAGCACCACAAGCUGCUCUCACAUCCACAGACGGAACUGUUCUAAAAGCUGGACAGAUCACAGUGGGAUUUGCAUGAAAGGAUCUAUUUGUCUACUUUUUGCCAUCAAGAGAAUCUUUAUUCACGGUGAAGAAGAGGAGUGUGAGGAACAGCUGCUCCAGACCUCUGUGAGCCCACCAUGGACGUGCUGAAGAAAGGCCUGUCCAAAGCCAAGGACGGAGUAGCUCUGGCGGCAGAGAAAACCAAGCAGGGCGUGACGGGCGCUGCUGGCAUGACCAAACACGGGGUCAUUCUCGUUGGAACGAAAACCAGGGAUGGCGUCACAACAGUCGCAGAAAAAACCGUCUCGGGUGUGUCUCAGGUGAGUGGCGCCAUGGUGACCGGCGUCACAACGGUGGCCCAGAAAACCGUGGAGGGGGCCGGGAGUAUUGCCGCGGCGACCGGCCUGGUGAAGAAGGACAUGACCAAAGUGGAUGAUGAGGUAAAAAACCUGCCUGUGGAGAACGCUGAUCUACAGGAUACCGACUACAGCUACACCCCCAACACUGAGGAGGAUUCUGAUUAAAAGCACACGAGGCAGCGAUUAUAACCAAGAGCCAAACUGACCGAAACCUCCCAUGUUACUCUGCCAGGUCCACCUGCAUCCACCCAUGUCCACACAGUGGCUGUCUAUGGAGUGUUCUUGUGAGAGAGAUGACGUCUUAAUGGAAUAUUUCAGUAAAAAAAUAUAUAAUUUCCACCAUUUCCCCUCUUGUACCCCUCAUGUAAUCGAAGUUUGCUUCGGAGUGUGUUUCGUGGCCGCUGUGGCUUUAAAACAUCUGGCUCUAUACUGUAAACUAUACUAUUAUCCACAAUAUCACCUAAGUGUCUCUAUAACAGGUAUCUGGAUAUGAAUUUACAGCACUGUGCAAAAGUCAUAGACAGCCUCUUGAUACAUUUCCAGUCAAAAUGGCCAUUACAUUACUAUUUUUCAGAAGAUGUUUCUG